UACACACCAAAGGGAUGUGUACAUUUCCUGAAGUUGACAUUUUCCGCUCCCACCCUGCAAGUAAAAUAUUUUGUUCAUUAACCAAAGUCCAUUUUUUUGAAAUAUGUGCAUGCUUAUUAUCUCCAAAUUUUAUGAUAACGAAGCAGUUAUGUUCUAUUUAUCCAGGCAUAAAGAACAAGAACUCAAGAAAAUGUACGGAAUUUACAACAGCAACAAAUGCCAUGUGCCAGUUGUCAUGCUGCUGGUUGGCAUUCUUCUUCUGAUACCUCAAGGCUUUUCACUGGUUUGUCCUUCUGUUUGUCAGCGUUGUUCAAGGACUUUAGUACAGUGCUGCAACUUGGGUUUCACAUCGGUUCCUCGGAAUUUUGCAAAGACCACUUCAUUUAUUUACCUUAGCAGGAAUAACAUUUCUAAUGUAACACCUAAGGAUUUAGAAGGAUUUAACAGGCUGUCAUCACUUUUCCUUGAUAACAAUGGUCUCAUCGAUAUACACCCUCAAGCUUUUAUUAGCCUCACAAACUUGUACUACCUACAUUUGAAUAAUAACCAGAUACAGUACAUCAGUCAAGGGAUAUUUGUAAGUCUUGCAAAACUUCGGUAUUUAUACCUACAACACAAUCACAUUCUUUCUAUUCCAAGAGGAUUAUUUUCUGACUUGACCACUCUUCGAUACUUACAACUGGAAGGAAACUCCCUUACUGUGCUCAGUAAUGGAAUGUUCACUGGUUUAAUGAGUCUUCAUACACUGCAGCUCGCUAACAAUAAAAUUUCCUGGAUAUCUAAUUCCUCAUUUAACCAGCUGUCACAUCUGGAGUUUCUCAAUCUGCAAGGCAAUUACUUAACAUGGAUUCCAUCAAAUACUUUUGUUCAGCUUAAGAUCCUUAAAAGCCUCAUCUUAUCCAAUAACCCAAUAAAGUUGAUCCAUGCUAAUUUAUUUAAUGGAUUAGAGAGUCUCAAAUUUCUUGACCUCAGUAAUUCUAAAAUAAAAUCCAUAGCAAAAGAUGGCUUUACUGCAAUGAAGAACUUAAUACAUUUAACACUAAAUAACAACAGCAUAAUUCACGUUAAAUCUGAUGCUUUUAAAAUAUUACAUCUUGGGUAUUUGAGGCUUGACCAUAACAAUAUAUCGUUUAUUGAGCCUGAUGCAUUUGAAGGAAUGGCAACAACUUUGAAAGUUCUGCACUUGGCCAAUAAUCAUCUUACAAAUUUGCUUCCUGAUGUUCUGAGACCACUGGCCUCUCUAAAUCAUUUACUAAUGAAUGGCAAUCCCUGGGAGUGCAACUGUAACUUGCUUGGUUUGCGUAGAUGGCUGUUGUCAUCCUCAUUGAGGUUAAAUAUUCGUUGUCAUAGUCCAUCCCAGCUCCGUGGGAAAUCCUUGCACUACAUCAGUGUAAAUGAAGUCAGUGAAUGCAAUAACACUUUGGUACCUUUGGGAUUAGAUACUGAAAAGAGAUCUCCAACUAUUGGCAGAAUGUUGACCACAGAUACUUCCACUGUUUAUUUCAAGUUGGAGCACUAUUCUGUCACAGUGCAAGAUUUGAGAGACACAGUAUUUACCACAGAAGAGACACAGAAGUACACAAGCAUGCUACCACGGCAGCUCCCAAUGGCAUACGAAUCUGCAAAUUUAACUACAUUUACAGCCUCUGAUAUGGCAUCAAUUUCAAUCAAGCCUUUGUUCAUCUGUGAACAAAAUUUAGAAAAGUUGAACCAAGCCUUUGAUAUACUCUUGGUCUUUUUCAUCUUAGCCUGUGCAGCAAUUUUACUCCUGAUUUACAAAAUUCAACAACUGAGUAAGAAACUCAAGGAUGCUGAGGCAGAAGGAGACAAUGCCCUUGAGUAUUACAGUGUGUAUCCAUAUGCAAGGUAUUAUGCGACAGACCCAGACCAAGGUAUACCUCCUGAACCUGUGAGAAAUCCAGAUGAGGAUCAAACCAGUAACCUGAAUAUAGAAUACCCUGCUAACCAGGCUCAAGUAAUUCUCUUUGAACACUCAGUUUUAUGAUAUGUAUUUAUAUUUUUGAUGUACACUGAACAGCACAUUAUCAUUUAAAGACAAUAGUUUUUGAUUUUGAACAGUUAAUUGGAGUUUAAAAUGUGUAUGUGUAGUUUGUCAUCUUACAAGAAACCCCUGUGCAGAACAAUAUGUUUACUGAAAUACUUAACUUAUGCAAGUCUACGAGUAAACAUCACUUGUUCUGUGGCUUGGACACAGAUCCUUCAAUGCAACUUGCCCAUGUGGACCAGACAUCCUAAAUCAAUGUGGUCCCAAUUGCCGAUAUCCCUGCAAACUCUUCCCGUUCAUGUACCCAUCCAGAUGUAUUUGUACCAGCCUCCUCCACUUUCUCUGGUACCACCCUCUGUGUGGAAAGGUUGUUCCUUAGACCCUCUUAAAUCGUUCCCUCCUCGCCUUAAACCUGUGCCCUCUAGUUUUGGACUCUCCUACCCUGGGAAAAUGACCUUGGCUAUUCACCCUGUCCAUGCCCGUCAUGAUUUUAUAAACCUCUGUAAGGUCACCCCUCAGCCUCCGCACUCUGUGGAAAAGAGUCCCAGCCUACUCAGCCUCUCCUUAUAAAACCUUUUAAUCCCAGCAAUAUCCUUGUAAAACUUUUCUGAACCUUUUCAAUUUUCCCAGCAUCCUUCCUACUGCAGGGAGACCAGAAUUGAAUGCAGUAUUCUAAAAGUGGUGUGUGCACUAUCCUGGAUACCAGCCUGGGAGUUCUUUUACUCAGUUCAAACCUAGUGGGAUUCUUUUGCUGUCUCAACCACUCUGGCCUGCCGACCCUGAUUGUGAAGAGAAAUGUUAACUUUUUGGCCAAGGCUUGGCUUAAUUUUGGGGUUUUGCUGUGGGCUGACCUAAUGUUAUUCCAUUCAGGAUAUAUCUGAGUGAGGCUAUGCUAUUGCCAUGGUGACAACCAAACUCAUUUGGCUUGAUGAAGGUGUCCACUUCCAUCAGCAUACCCUGUUCAGGAAGUUAUGAAAAAUUAGCUGGAUUUUUUAAAAAUCUCAGUACGUGGUUAUCUUUAAGAGCUGCAAUACAGAAUAGGUAAUAUGUAUUUAUAAUUUAGUGAAUGUGAAGUAUUCAAUUGGAAACAUUCCAAUAGUUUACUGGAUACGUUCCUUAUAUUACAAAUAUUGCCAGUGUACUGUUCAUGAACAAUAAAUAUCCUAUGAACAAGUGUUUCGUGCAGAAUCCUUGGGCUCUUAUUCAUGUUGAUGAUCAUUGUGCAAUUAUGCAUCUGUGUCAGUGCCAUGUUUUAGUCUGAAAUGUUAAUGGUAGAAAACACUACACCUUGAGAGAUAACAAAGUGUGGAGCUGGAUGAACACAGCAGGCCAAGCAGCAUCUUAGGAGCACAUCAGCAUCAGCAGUUCCCAUUAUCUCCAAUACACCUUAAGCGGUACCUGUUUUAGAGAUUUUACUAGACUUGAAUUAUAAAUUGUGAUCUGAUUUAAUUUAAAAUGGACAUUAAAAGUUGUUAAAAUACCAGCAGAAUAAUUCAAGUUAAGACAAUAAACAUCUCAGGUUCCAGUGUAUAUUACACAGUCAUAGCAAAUACAGUACUGCUAUUGUAAACAUGCCAUCGUGGUUCCUUGUAAGUCCAUGAUUAAUACACCAAAAGUACAAAGCAAAAUAUCUGAAGGAAACAGUUGUUGAAAUGUAUCAAUAUUCCAUAGGUAUGGUUCAUUUUAUGUUAUUAAUAAAAAAAAAUUUC